UGUCAGAGACACGGUGGCUCGUCAACGACACGGAGGCAGGCUCGACAGAGAGACCAGCAGCCCCGGAACCACGGCUCCAGGGGUAUGGUUGAGCUUGAUUACUGAUGGCCCACAUGUUUAGAAAGACGAAGUCGGUUCGCUCCGGCCACCCAUCCACCUCUGGAAGGGUGAGUCCCGUGGAACCCCCCUCCCCCGACCUCUCUCGGCUGACCCAGGAGGAGAUCAACAUCCUUCACAAGGUCAUUCAAAGACAGGAGGAGUUUGAAAAUGAGGAGGCUUCGUGUAUCUGGACCAUUCAGCAACAGUUGGAGCGGUAUGAAGAAGCGGUGCGCGCGCAGAGUAGCGGGAAAAGUCGUCUGAAGCACAUCGACCUCCGCCUCUGUCGUCUGUGCUUCAAAACGAAGUUCGCAGACGGCAUCGGCCGCUUAUGUCACGACUGCAGGAAAAGAGUGUGUCAGCGAUGUGGAGGAUUUACCAAGAGCCGCUGGGACCCGAAGAAAAAGAAGAUGGUACGCGGUAGAUGGCGUUGCAAUAUGUGUGACAUGAAGCGGAAGUUCUUUUGUAAGACCGGCGUCUGGUACCACGGACAGCGCGCGCGCCCCACGCUCAACCGCGCCCUGUUCAGUCAGAAGACGAGGAGCCUGGAGGCGGAUCUCACGGAGGACGAGAGAUGCUGGCGCGCGCUGUCUCCUGGCUCCUCUGACGUCGUCGUCACGGAUACGGACCUUCCCCGGACCCAUGCUUCCUAUCAGGCGAUGAUGCAGGCACGUGGGCGCCGCAAGAGUAUGCCCAUUUUCCGGACAGAGAGUGUGGACAUUUCUGACAAUGACAGUGACGAAGACCCCCACAGCCACAGCGCCCGGCGCCGCCGCUCCAAGCGCCACAGUAGACGUCACUCACGGCGGAACCGGCCGGUGUCGCCGUCCCAGGCCGUGCUGACGUCACCGGGGCACCAGAGAGCAGACGACACGUACGAGGACAGCUGUCCUCACACGGGGGAUCUGGCGUUUGUGUGUAGUGAUAUGCCAAAUCAAGGGGAGCUUUUCUUCUACAUGUCGGGGGAUUCUGACAACGAGAGUGUGCCCGAGACUUCCGGUCGUCUGCUGAAUCACCGGAAGCCGGACGGUCAGAGUCACGAUUCUUCGGAACACCUUGUGAAUGUUCUCUCCCCUGAUCACAUGGGAAGUAUUUCAUAUAUCAGAAAUAGAGAAUCGCAGUUUUCUUACCCAUCGAAUCGGAGUCCCGAUAAAAUUGUCAUAGACAGUGUGGGUCAUGAUGUAGAGCGAAGACUUUCGAAUGAGAGCGACAUUCGUUACGAAACUGCCUACCAACACAACACGCCGCGAUCCGAAAGACGCCGAAAGAAUCAGAGUGUUGAUCCCAAGUAUCUCACACCGGAAAAUCCGGAGCGGAACAGGAGUUACUCGUCGGAUUCUAAUUCGUCCAUGCGUUCGUUUGUGUCGUCCAUGACGGACCACGACCAUGCUGAAAUCCAUCAAAUCCCAUUCACUCAAGAUUACUUCACCUCGUUGGAACCGCGAGAAAUUCUUCUGUAUCGUGACGUCAAAGAUCAAAGUAUCAGGUCUUCCGGUCUGGGCAUGCGCGUUAUGUUCGGUAAAAAGGGCCACGGCGGAAAGCUGGGGGCGUUUGUAUCCAAGGUGGAAAGAAAUGGACCAGCAGACUCCUACGGAAUCCGAAAGGGAGAUCAGAUUCUUCUGUGGAACGGUAAAUCACUGAUGGGCACAACCCUGGAGGAAUCCAUGGAGGUCAUAGGUCAAAGUUCAGACGUGGUUCAGCUUCUAGUGGUACACCAUACAAACAGUUUCAGCGAUAAUGAAGACACGGGACUUAGUGUUCACGAGAAAACUCUACCACACAAUACAUCGGUGCCAUGCGAUGAUCGAUCUGGUUGUGCCACGCCCCCUUCGUCCCUCAAUCUGACCCGGAAGAGGAGGAUGCUCCCGAAAACUCCGGUUGAAAUUAAAAAGGAAGACAGGAGCGUCAGUGGAUGCGUGCGCAUCGCUUUGUUUCACGAGGAACCGUGUUUAUCUGUCACGUUAGUAAGCGCCGAGAAUCUCGUCUCUGCUGACCCGAUGACGUCACUGAAUCCCGUCGUCAUGAUUCAUCUACUGCCAAACCGCGGGAGUUUUCCUAAGCAUCAGACACAGCCUCGGAGUAACACCGCCAACCCGAUCUAUAACGAGACCUUCACCUUUCAGGGCCUGAAGAGGGACGAGCUGUCGCGCCUGUCCCUGGAACUCACCCUGUGGUCAGUGGUUGGGGAGGAACAUCUGUUUCUUGGGGAGGUGCUUCUCGACUUCUGUGACCUUCAACUGGACAACCAGGUCAGGACCUACAAUCUCCAAGAUCACGACGAAAACAGUUCCCCUCUUCCGUUGCGCAAGCGCAAAGAGUCCUCUGACGUCACUGCUAGCCCACUGACGUCAGUGAAUGACGGGUCAAGCUGGUCGACUAGCCCCGGUGUACAGUCCUCUCCUCGGAGAGAGCUGAAUCACCAUGACGACAGAGCCGGACAUCACAUGACCAGUGGGUAUGCUAAUGGUCGGGACCGGCGGUUCAAACUCAGUGUCACUCAGUCAGUCCCCAAUUCCCCACAGCUGUCCCCCAUUAGCCAAUCAGAGGAGUCUGUGUACCUGGGAGGCGACCACCGGGGCAGUAUAUCGACACUGGUCAAGAAGCGGAUGUCGAACGCCAUGUCCAAAGUGUCGGUUCUGUCGGCCGAGAGUCGCCGACACAGCAUGUACGACCGCCGGAAGGACAAGUUCACCAGCAGGAGCUCGAGUGUGUCAGAGGCCACGCUGGAGAGCGCCUGGUCCAGCCGUAACUAUGACAACCUAUCCCCCGUCAGCCGCCGCUCAGCGGCCAGCAAUAUAUCAGGGAUCGAGGAGCUGGGUAAGCCGCCACAGCCCCUCAACACCGGGGACAGCGCGGGUCACUUCCGGGAAGACGGAGACGACAGCUCAGGCGAAAACGAGGCUGGGCUUUGUACAACAUCAGGGAGAUUGGACCCAGACGGAAAUGACGUAACCUCGCUUCUAGGGCCGGGGCAGGUGCCUCCGAAACCGUCCAGUGAGACGGCCAUUUGUGGCAGCAUUCGCCUGGCCUUCAUGGUGUCCAAAGGGCAGCUGGAGCUGGACAUCAUCAACGUGGUGGAUCUUAACAGAAGCCAGCAUAUCACCCCACCAGAUACGUACGUGAAGGCGUAUUUGGUGGGCGGAUCCAAAGUGAUACAGAAGAAGAAGACGCACGUCGUGAAGGGCUCCUUCUGUCCGUUCUUCAGGCGCACGAUCAAGUACUCCGCCUGCAACAUACACGGCAGGGCCAUCAAGAUCAUCCUGUGGGCGCGGCACGGCGCGUUCGACAAGAAGCAGUCCCUGGGGGAGGCCGUCGUCAAACUUGACGGCCUUGACCUGAUGCAUCAGUCCACUAAUUGGUACAAAUUGUUCCCACCGGGAGCCACCGACUUCGGUUCCAACGAAUCUCUCCAUUUCUGGUGAACUCCGGAAUUCUUGAAGGAACCCGGCUAUAUCUACAGGACAAGGCAGACCGGCAUUAAUUGUUGGCGAGAUGGGUUACCCCCAUCUGUGACCUCCCUUAGGCAGUGUGUGCUUUGAUCUCCGUAGAGUUAUCGCCCUUGCUGCUUCUGCUGCGGUGGCGACACCUGGUGCUUGUUUUCGUUUGUCACAAAAUGUUUGAUCAACCCUAAUAUGAAGUUUCGACUUCCCAAUAUAAAUCGGUGCCUUCUGUAUGUAAUGAUGUGCGAUCCUUGUCGCCCUGUGUAUGAUCCUCCAUACUUACAGUGUAACUUGACGAUUGGUGCUGUUUUAAAUCUCUGUGUUCAUUAGAUAUUACUCAGUCAUAGCGCUAAAUGCUACAGGUAUUUCAUUUUAAAGGUAGAUGUAUAUCUACAUGUAUAUGGCCAAGAUCACGAGCUAGAGAUUUCUACUGACCGCCUUUUAUGCCAACUUUAAUAGCCAGGAGAACUAGAAGCCUAUCUGACAGAGGAAAUGUUUUCACGUAAAGGGUUGUCGUUGAAAAAUUUGUUUAUCCAUUUACAUGUUUAUUUUAUUAUUUGUUGAUUGAUUAUUUGAUUAUUUGUUUGUUAUAUUGAGUUUUACUGUGUAUUUGUGAAUAAUAUAUAGUUAAGUACUUUAUCAGGAAUAUCAUGGUUACUUCAUUACGUUCAUACAUCAAGAUUCGAUGAAUACAUAACAUGAUAUGCAUAUCACAGUAUUAAAAUUUGAGUUGUUUCUUUGACGUACAUAAUUACUGUUUAUUGUUAAUGAAACAUUGCUUUGGAGUCAUGGAGACUGAAUUUUAUAUUGGUGUUUUGUUUUAAAAUAUUUUGUCAUAAUUUUGGGUUUUACAAAACAAUAAAUCAAAUUUCAGGA